CAUUCUCUCUCCCUUCUCUCCUCUGCUCUCUCUCUCUCCCCCUCUCUUUUUCCACCAUGGAGAAGGCUUUGAGGCAUUUCUUCCUCCUCUGCUUUGCCUUCUCCUUGGUCUUUCUCUCAAUGGGGAGAGAGGUGAAUGCUCGUGCUCAUACUCGAAGGCAUAAGAGAUCUAAUGGUGCUCAUUAUAAGAAGCUUUUCGUGUUCGGCGAUUCCUACGCCGACACCGGGAACCUCGGGAACCUGGGGAACAUGCUCACCACUUCAUGGUAUGAGCCAUAUGGUAUGACAUUUCCUCAUAAGCCGACCGGCCGGUUCUCCAAUGGGAGGCUUCUCACCGACUACGUUGCUUCGUUUCUUGGAAUCAGAUCUCCCCUUCCUUACAAGUAUAGGAGGCUGGAAGUGUCGAAGAAACUGCUACCAUAUGGCAUGAACUUCGCGCGCGCUGGGAGUGGCAUCUUUGACAAUGGCAACUUUCAGGACAACCUAACGCUUCAGGUUGAUGCAUUCCUGUGGCAGGUUAAAGCAGGCGUCUUCCCCGAAUAUGAUCUCAAGUCGUCAGUGGCACUGGUUUCAGUCUCCGGCAAUGACUACAAGUAUUACAAGGAAACUAAUGGAAGUGACGCUGGUGCUUUGGAUUUCGCGAACCGUUUGUUCCAACUGCUGAAGUCGGACUUGAAGCGCAUCCAAGGUGCUGGUGUGCCCAAGGUGUUGGUCACCAACCUGCAUCCUGUGGGAUGCACUCCCUACAUGACCAAGGUUACCAACCACACAAAGUGCGAUUCUACUGCCUUAGGGGAAGCACAAGCUCACAAUCAAAAGCUUGAAAUUCUAAUCAAGGAGCUGAAUGGAGCAAGCACCAAAACCUUCUUCAGCCUCGAUCUUUUUACAUCCUUCAACUCCAUCAUCAAUCAAGUGAAAGGAGCCCCCAAGUUUGAAAGCAUCUUGAAGCCGUGCUGUGAUGGCAACGACAACUCGUCAACUUGUGCGCAGACAGAUGACAAUGGGAUGAAGAAGUAUUCUCUGUGCUCCAACCCAGACUCUCACUUCUAUUGGGACUGGCUGCACCCCACACAAGCCGCUUGGGCUGCAGUUUUUGAGUACCUGAAGCCUGCUCUUCGUCGCUUUCUGUCACUCUGAGCUUGGUGUCAAUAGCUUCAUGAUUACUUCAAAAAGCCAUUGCACAUAGAUGAGAAAGGGACAUGCUUAGUUUGUUCCAAUUUCAUCAGAUGCCUUGCUCCCUAAAUUCUUUUUCAUCUGAAAGGAAGCUGUAUGUUGCAUAGGAAUAAAUGGAUAACAAAAUGGAUGGGAUUUCCCAUCCCCUGCAAAAUAACAACUAUGGCUUCUCAUUUUAUAACUUUCUUAUGAAAAUAUUUCAUAUCUAUAUAUUAAUUCAUUUCUUUUGUA